GGGUUUCGUUCCCUUCUGUCUCCCGCCGCCCGCUGUUCCCCUUCCCCUCGUUUCAUUUUCCGGCGAGCGGCACGGCGGCGGCGGAGGGAGGCGUCCGUUCUCCGAGCAUGCCCACCGCCACCGCGCCGGACGACGCGGCGCCGCCGCAGUCCGCGGGGAAGGGUGGGAAAUGGGAGGCGAAGAGCAAACAAAGCAACUGGCGGGGGGAAGGGAGAGGAGGAGGAGGAGGUGGCGGCGGCGGUGAUGGAGGUCGGGGGCCGAAGCGGAAGAGGAAGGAGGUGUUCAUCUACGGAAACUACAGGAAUUACUACGGCUACCGAAUCGACCGUAAUGUUGGUGAAGAUCCUCGUCUUAAGAUAUUCAAGAGAGAGUGGUUCAAAAGCAAGGAUUGUCUUGAUAUUGGGUGCAACCAGGGUUUGGUAACGAUUGGUCUAGCGGUGAAAUUUAAAUGCCAAAGCAUUCUUGGAGUUGAUAUUGACUCAGGUUUGAUUGAAACUGCUAAUUGGAAUUUAAGAAGGAUGUCUCGACUGGAUAAUGUGGCUGUAGAAAACACCAUGGUUCAUAAGCCAGCAGAUUCACCAUCUGAAAGAUGUCCCGAAAAGGUGGAACCUGAGACAUCAAAUGGGCAUAUUUCUAAUUGCCAUCAUCAUGAUAUUUUCAAAGUUGUUUCUUUUCGACGUGAGAAUUUCGUAGAGAGCAUGAGUAAAAGUUCAGAACAGUAUGAUACGAUCAUCUGUUUGAGUGUUACCAAAUGGAUCCACCUUAACUGGGGUGACGAUGGCAUAAUUACUCUAUUUGUGAAGAUCUGGAGUCUUCUAAGACCGGGAGGUGUUUUUAUUAUGGAGCCUCAACCUUGGACCUCAUAUAGGAGAAAUAGAUUGGUUUCAGAGGUGGCCAAAGAGAACUUCAAUACCAUCCUAAUACAUCCAGAUAAAUUCCGAGAGAUACUUCUAGAUAAGAUUGGAUUCAAGUCGGUGGAGGUGGUUACAGACAAACUGGUGGGCGCUGUUACUGGUUUUGACCGUCCAAUCGAAGUUUAUCACAAGUGAUGGAGUUGGAUCAAGUGUUUGGGCAUUUCCUGCCAAAGGCUUAUGUGGUGCUUCAGAUGCACAACUUGUUUUUCCUGGGAUUCGUUGAGCUUCGACAGUUUCUUCCAUUCGACAAAGUACAAUGAUGGCGUGCGCAUAUCGCUGGAUUUACAUUUGCUGGAGGACUAGUUUGAAUGCCCAAGGAAUGAGAUGGAUAAGUGGUACUGUUUGUGUGCCUCUGUGGAUGUUAACAUUUUGUAUGACGAGGCGGCUUUGCCUCUGUGUAAAUGAAUGGUGGAUAACUUGCGUACGAAAAAAAAAAUCCAAAACGCUGCACUUAUUCAGAUUUACAUCAUCAUUUUUUUUUG